AUUCCCUGACGUACAACGAUUUCACCUUACUGUCUCCUCCCACAGAAUCUUAGCCAAGUGUAAAGAUGGCGUCCAUCAUGGAGGGGCCGCUGAGCAAAUGGACUAACCUCAUGAAAGGUUGGCAGUAUCGUUGGUUUGUUUUGGAUUACAAUGCGGGCUUACUGUCAUACUAUACGUCUAAGGACAAGAUGAUGCGGGGCUCCCGAAGAGGCUGUGUGAGACUAAGGGGAGCUGUGAUAGGAAUCGACGAUGAAGACGACAGCACCUUCACCAUCACUGUAGACCAGAAGACUUUCCAUUUUCAAGCACGAGAUGCAGAUGAACGGGAGAAGUGGAUCAAUGCCUUAGAAGGGACUAUUCUACGACACACUCUACAAUUGCGGGAGGCAGAGACAGGAUUUGUCCCGAGUGUCCAAGACUUCGAUAAGAAACUUGCUGAGGCUGAUGCAUACCUACAGAUUCUAAUUGAUCAGUUAAAGCUCUUCGAUGACAAAAUCAAGGACUGCAAAGAAGAUGAUUCACGCAGAAAAAUAGAAAAUUUGAAGGAAACCACGUGUAGUAUGGUAGAGUCCAUCAAGCACUGUAUUGUAUUGCUGCAGAUUGCCAAGGAUCAAAGUAACGAACAGCAACACGCAAACGGACUGAUAAGCACCAUCAACCCAGUGGAUGGAAUAUAUCAGCCUCCCCCGGAGAACUCUUUAGUCAACUUAGCCAUGCCAACACAGACCACACUCCCCACAGAUGGCUCCCAGAUUUGUAAAGGAGAGCAGCGGCCCUCCACUCUCCCAGUUGGGCCUGUGGUCACAGUGAUGGGCAGCCUGCAGACUCCGACUCCCAACAGCACAGGGAGUGGCCCCUCGGCCCCCAGCAGCAGUGUGCCCUCCCCCAGUCAUAUGACCAUCCCCUCGCACUCAGUUCCGGACUUUUCGUACUCGAGCAGCGAAGACGAGUUCUACGACGCGGAUGAGUUCUACCAGAACAGCACAUCUCCCAAACACUUACUAGACCCCUCAAGGGCCCCGACUGCGUUGUCUCACAGCGAGGGUGGAACGGUGCUGAAGCGACCCGACACCAACGAGUCCCUCGAUUCCUCCAUGUCCAAUGGGACCACCGAAGCAGAUCAAUUUGACAGCCAUGAUGAUGAGGCAGAGGAUCAGGGGGAGUCUGUUGAGGAGCAUAAGAGUGUCAUCAUGCACCUGCUGUCCCAGGUGAGACUGGGCAUGGACCUCACCAAGGUGGUCCUGCCCACAUUUAUCUUGGAGAGGAGGUCUUUGCUGGAGAUGUAUGCUGACUUUUUUGCACACCCCGAUUUGUUUGUCAGUAUCGCAGAUCAGCCGGAGCCCAAGGAACGUAUGGUACAGGUGGUGAAGUGGUACAUGUCCGCCUUCCACGCAGGGAGGAAAAGCUCCGUGGCCAAGAAGCCUUAUAACCCCAUCCUUGGAGAAGUCUUCUUCUGCCACUGGGACUUGCCUUCAGAGAGUGACGAGCAUCCCUCAACAGAGCCUUCAUUAGAGGGACCAGUGCCAUGGGCUCCAGCCAACAGUGUGUCUUUUGUAGCAGAGCAGGUCUCUCAUCAUCCCCCCAUUUCUGCAUUCUACGCCGAGUGUCUCAGCAAAAAGAUCCAGUUCAAUGCCCACAUUUGGACCAAGUCCAAGUUCUUAGGGAUGUCCAUUGGAGUACACAAUAUUGGCCAGGGCUGUGUCUCCUGUCUGGAACAUGAUGAACACUACAUACUCACUUUCCCCAAUGGAUAUGGCAGGUCCAUCCUGACUGUCCCAUGGGUGGAGCUGGGUGGAGAGUGUAACAUCAUCUGCUCCAAAACAGGCUACAGUGCCAGCAUUGUGUUCCACACCAAGCCCUUCUAUGGUGGCAAGAAGCACAGGAUCACUGCUGAGAUCUUUCCUCCCAAUGACAAGAAGUCAUUUUGUUCCAUUGAAGGAGAGUGGAAUGGCGUGAUGUAUGCCAAGUGGGCAUCUGGGGAAAACUCUUUAUUCAUUGACACCAAGAAAAUGGGCUGUAUCAAGAAGAAGGUGAGGAAAUUGGAGGAUCAGCUGGAGUACGAGUCUCGCAGUCUGUGGAAGGAUGUAACAGUCAGUCUGAAGGCGAGGGACAUCGAUGCGGCCACAGAGGCAAAGCACCGGCUGGAGGAGAAACAGAGGGCUGAGGCCAGGGAGCGCAAGGAGAACGAGAUGCAGUGGGAAACUAGGUUGUUCCACGAGGAUGGGGAGUGCUGGGUCUACGACGAGCCUCUACUGAAAAGAACAGGAUCACAGCGGCACUGAAGCCAGAGACAAAUCUCAGAGUCUUAAUAAGAACUCUUUUGCAAAACCACUUCGUAUCCAAGCCUUGGAAUGACUGAUGAUUGAACAUGUACACUGCUUUGCAUUUUAGAAGAUAAAGUUGAAUGAAAUCAAGAACAAAAAUCUUUGAUGUAAAAAAAUUAUUACUUGUUUAGCCAACGCUACGCCCAACACCUCUCCACCUCCCAAACAACUAAAAAAGGCAUUACAAAAACUAUUCCAAUGCUACACAAACAAGCCCUUCACAAUCUGACAGGAGGUUCCCUCAAGGUUCCUGUCCUUUUCCUUGGGGGGGAGGGUGUUUUGAUCGAACAAUCCUUGAAAAAAACACAGCGUUCUAUAUCUCAGGGAAACUGGUAACUGAGGAAUGAAAGCUGUACCUCCAGGAGUUCGACGAUGGCCUUAUGGUGGAUUCACAAGGGGGACAACUUGGCUUGCUCUACAACUAGCUACAGCUGUUUAUAUAUAGAUAAAUAUGAUGAAUAUAUAUGUAUAUAUUCUCUUAUUAUUUCCUCUCACUCUUUCUGGCAAUAGUACACAUUUGAAGAUACUCUAUGGUGACCCAUCUGGAAUCAUUCCAUUUCCCUUCUACAUUCAACAUUGCCUUUUCCCAGGUACUGACAUCCUUGUUUUUUCCUAACCAGUGUAUGUUUUUUUGUUGGUUUUUUGGCUCAAGAGGAAUAACCCAACAAGUGUACGUUUGCAAGACGGACAGAAGUGUGGAGCCAGUGAAGUGGGGUCAUCUCCAUGUUAUUUCCCUUUGCGGCAUUCAUGAACAAAUGUAUGACAAUUGGGUAACAUACUAAGGAGCUUUACUGAGAGUAGGUUUUGUUAAUUAAGUGCUGCUAGUGUGUUCAGGGUAUAAAAUGUACACCCAGGUUAGAUGAUGAUGAUGAUAUAUUGUUUAUUAGGUGUGCAUAAUGGUCUAAUGUGUGCAUUAUAAUUAAACAAUUCAGGCCAAUUCAGUGCAACAUUGUUUUAAAAAGCAGAUGCCUGGAUUUUAGUACCUAAAAGAUCUUCCUUUGAGCUUAAAAAACAUACGCUUGUGGAUUAUCUUUAGUGAGGUCAUUAUGUGCAAUGUUGUCAGAUCAGUUCAUUCUUGCCUAUGAUGUUUUAAGUCAGUUAGGCAAGGUUAUACAGAACAUGAAAUUGACAUUUUGGUCUGCACAAAGGUGUUGUCAACCAGUGACUGAAAUAAUUUGUAGAGAGAUAUAGAGCACACUCAACAUAUUUUUCUUUCUGAAGUAGGUAAAUAAUGCAUCUUCUAAUAUUAGAAUUUACAGAGGUUACAAACUCAAAAGCCAUUGUUUUCUUUCAUGUCAUGUGUUUGUACAUUCAUAUUAAAUUGAGGCCUUGCCAUACA